UAAAACUCUAGUUUGUUUUGAUUGCACUGCAAGAAGGAACAGAGAUGCCUCUAAUUUGUUACUCAAAGAAUAUCCAUCAAAUAAGGUGCAACAGAGUAAUGUACUGUUUGCUCACUUUUUGCAUAUGAUUGGUCACAGUUUUGAAAUCUGUGUUACUAUGGAGACAUGGCGUUCAAGGAAAGAACACUCCGCCUCUGUUUUUAUUUUAUUUACCCAGUUGCUGCUACGAAAGGGUUGCGCUCGAGACUCGUUACUGUGCUGUGGCACUACUGAUCAAACUGACACGCUGGUAGAAUAUAACACAUAUAAAGCUGCUGAAUGAUCGCUGCAUUGUUUGGUGUACGUGGAAGUAUUAUGAGCUCAUGCAGUAACCUAUUAAUUACUCCGCUGUUAUUAACGCUGAAACGCUAUUAUUUUAUAGAUUACGUUGGUAGUAGUGUUUAGACGUGUGUUUUAAAAAUGUGAAGUGUGAUGAGUAUAAGUUUUGUGGGGUCGAUUAAAAUUAGAGUUGUUUUGUCGUCUGUGUUAUGAGUCAGUCCACGUUGGUUUCAUGCACGGUCCUCUGUGCUGCGGGCUGGUGCGGUGAUUGACAGGAAUCUGGCCAAUCGCAGCGUUGUGCAGCCGGCGUUCUGACCAAUAGCGUUGCACGUCUGGAGAGGAACUGAAUGGCAUCGCCCUGCUCAUUUUAUAUUACAAGAACGUGUCAGGGUGGAGACGGUAGUAGUAGGCAGUUUUGGCAUAGAGAAUCUCCGAGCACAGUUUCUACAGUUUGAAAAUUGUUAAGGAUGGCAGCUAAUUGUGUGUCGAAGGUCGAGCUCUCCAUCUCCUGCAACAAUCUCUUGGAUAAAGAUGUUGGAUCUAAAUCUGAUCCACUCUGUGUUCUGCUGCAAAGCAUCGGGGAUGACAAAUGGACAGAGGUUGAACGCACCGAGAGAGUGAAGAAUUGCCAGGACCCUGAGUUCUCCACAAAACUUCACAUCGACUACCACUUUGAGAAGGUGCAGAAAUUAAAGUUUGGCGUCUAUGAUAUUGACAACAAGUCUGUUAACCUCAGUGAUGAUGACUUCCUGGGAGGCUUUGAAUGCACCCUUGGCCAGAUUGUGUCAAGUAGGAAGAUUACCAGACCCCUUCAGCUCAAGGCAGGAAAACCAGCUGGGAAAGGCACAAUAACAGUCACAGCUGAUGAGACGAAGGACAACAGGGCUAUUGUGAUGGAAGUGGAGGCCAAAAACCUGGAUAAAAAGGAUAUGUUUGGGAAGUCGGAUCCAUUCUUGGAGUUUUUCAAGCAAGAAGAAGAUGGGAAGUGGCAGCUAGUUCACAGGACAGAGGUCAUCAAGAAUAAUUUGAAUCCAUCUUGGAAAAAGUUUACUGUGUCCUUGCAUACAUUCUGCAGUGGUGACCUGAAUAAACCAAUCAAGGUUCAUUGUUCUGAUUAUGAUAGCGAUGGAUCUCAUGAUCUCAUUGGUGUGUUUCAAACUAAUGUGUCAGAUCUGCAGAAAGCUCAUGCCUCACCGGUUGAGUUUGACUGCAUUCAUCCAGAGAAGCAAAAGAAGAAAAAGAGUUAUAAGAACUCUGGGGUCAUCAGGAUUAAGGAUUGCAAGCUUGAGGCACAGUAUUCAUUUCUGGAUUAUGUGAUGGGAGGUUGCCAAAUUAACUUCACGGUGGGCAUUGACUUCACUGGCUCUAAUGGAGACCCCCGCUCCCCUGACUCUCUGCACUAUCUCAGCCCUAAUGGCGUGAACCAGUAUCUGUCAGCCAUCUGGUCCGUUGGCCAGGUAGUCCAAGACUACGACACUGAUAAACUUUUCCCAGCGUUUGGAUUCAACGAAAAAGCCCCUCAAGACUUCAAGGUGUCCCAUGAGUUCCCAUUGAACUUCAACCCCAGUAGCCCAUAUUGCCAAGGAGUGCAAGGCAUUGUGGAUGCCUACCGCAUGGUUUUGCCUCAAAUUCGUCUUUAUGGACCCACCAACUUCUCCCCCAUAAUAAAUCAUGUAGCCCGGAUUGCAGCUGGAGCUGCACAGCAACCAAAUGCAGCACAAUACUUUGUUCUGUUGAUCAUCACUGAUGGAGAGAUCACUGAUCUCGACCAGACCAGACAGGCCAUCGUGAACGGCUCCAAACUGCCCAUGUCCAUCAUCAUCGUGGGUGUGGGUGAGGCAGACUUUAAGGCCAUGGAGUUUCUGGAUGGGGACAAUGGAGUUCUUAAAUCUUUGACUGGAGAACCAGCGGCCAGAGAUAUUGUGCAGUUUGUGCCCUUCAAGCAGUUUGACAAAGCUCCUAAAGAAGCACUGGCUCAGAGUGUUCUAGCCGAGGUACCGAAUCAGCUGGUGUCAUACUUUAAAAUGAGAAAUAUGGCUCCUGUCAACCCCCCUUCACCGACCAAGUAGACACAAGUGUGCUCUGGAGACUGAACUAUAGGUGUCUAGAAAAAAAAAGGAGUUAGUUAGAAUUAGAAUGGAUCACCGCUAGAGGGAACCAAAGCUCUGUUAAAGGAAGCCCUGUGGGAGUGUUUAAAUCAUAUGAAGACCACUAGUCUUCACUUGUAUUUUCAUGUUUUAUAUAUUAUGCAAACAGUUUUCAUUUUCAGUCCUUCAUAUUUUUCUUGUAUCUUCCUCAUUCUUUUCCAACUGGAAAAGUUUAUAUAAAUGUGCCAUUUUUUUAUAGAUCUGCAUAUAUUUUUGUAAUAUUGUUUAUGGAUGCAGAUGCCUUGAUUUUCUUAAGCCAAUAUUUGAAAUCACUUUUAGGCCUUGCGCUGCUUUUUGAUGCAGAUGUAUGCAAUAGCAAUCAGGAAUGCUGAUUUAUGAAAUUCCCUGCACUUUCUGCUGUAUAGUAGUUAUUAUAGAAAAGUGAAUGACUCAAAAUCAUCCAAGCACUAUGCUGCAAUAAAUAAUCAUGCUGAAAUAAUAGAGACGAGUAGUAGCUAGAACCUUACCAGAUGAAUCACUGCAUGUUUUUCACUUGCAAACUAAAGCUGACAAAAGCUAGAUUGUUUAUGAGAAUUAUUUUGCCAAUAUUUUGUCAUUGUUUUGACCAAGAUAUAUUAAGGAUUACUUAAAAUGCAUAUAGACUAGUAUGAAUUUGAGUAGAAUGGAAUUUAAAGAUACUAGUUUACUGGUACAAAGACAUUAUGUAGACUUUGGGACCAUAAAACUGCCUUAUCAGUUAUGCCUUUUUUUAAAAAUGUUAUUCUGAGGAUUUUGUGCAUAUGUGUCAAAUAAUGUUUGAAACUUUGAUUUAGGAUGACAUAAGCAGUGCUGUUAAUUUGAUUCAUCUAACACAAAUGUUUGCACCAUACAGUAAAGUUAUUCUGCACUUCUCCACUAAAUCUAUCGGAUUUAGUCAUAUAUAUCCAUAAUAGAAGUGACACGCUCGUUGUCCACACAUUAUUAUAUGUGACACGUGAAUGGCCUCUUAUGGCACAGUUAUCUGGUUUGAAGAAUCUUUUUAAACUAAUGAUUUAAAGGAAAUGGGAUUGUAAACAUAUUAUGGAUGUUUUUUCUCCCCCAUUGUAUUUCUCAAUCAUGGAAUAAGAUGUUUACACACAGCAACACAAUGUUCAGUUCUUCAGAAGCCAGUGUCACUGUUACACCGAUUUUUAUAACUGUUGAGAAGAUAUGCUGAAUAAAAUUGCCUUAACACCUAAAA